CAAUUUUCCCUCCCCAAAUUCUGAGUUUCCCUCCUCUGGUAGACCUAAUUAUUUCCGUCCCUCUCCCAAAUCUCCAAAUUUUGGAGUUGAUUUUGCUAAAACUCAAAAACCCAUUCGAACCUAAUUGCCAAAUUCAUUUCCUCAACUAUAAUCCAUCAACGACAAGAGGUCAAUAGAGAGCCAUUAUCUACGAAUUGGGUGGCUUUCCUUUCGAUUGUUGCUGCAACUAUGGAACGUUACGAGAUUGUGAAGGAUAUUGGCUCUGGGAAUUUUGGGGUGGCGAAGCUAGUGAAAGAUAAGUGUACAGAAGAGCUCUUUGCUGUUAAGUUCAUCGAGAGAGGCCUUAAGAUUGAUGAGCAUGUGCAAAGGGAAAUCCUGAACCAUAGAUCGCUGAAGCAUGCAAAUAUUGUUAGAUUCAAGGAGGUUGGUACCUCUAGUUGGCUAUAAUUUUGUUUUUCUUGGUUGUUAUAUUGCCAAUGCUCAUGCUUUAAUUUAUUCCCAUAGACGAGUAUAGGUCUCCAGUGGCUUUUUGAGUCAUAGCUGCCUUUCAUAUUUUUGGCCAUAGAAUAGCUUGAGCUUCCUUUCUUUAUCCAUAGGUUUUUGGGUGUUUCUGUAUAAGUGAUCAACUAUUUUGGCCUCGAAACAAGACAGCUGUUUUAGAGUCAAGACUAGCUUAGUUUGAGUAGUUGUGUGCUUUGAAGGGAUUGAUUCGUGCAAAUGGUUAGGAAAUUUCAAAGUUGUGUUUUUUUCUUGUUUGUGCAGAGUUAAUGUAUUUGGUUUUGGUCUUUUGGAAGUUCUACUUCCAUUUUGAUUUUCAGAACAAUCAUUCUAUAGCUCAGAAAAAUGGUAUUAAUAAUAAGUGUAGGAGAAAAUUAUAAAAUAAAAGUGAAUUACCAAU